UCUAUUUUCUUGGCAGUCUCUUGUGAGCAUAAUAUCUUAAUUGUAUUUUACACUUCACAUAGUACAUUUUGAUAAUUGCUCUUAAUCGUUGGUUAGAUGCAUUUGCAUGUUUAAUUUCCUUCCAGAUACAGGUUGUUUUCAGCCACAAGAACAUCAAUAAAUAACAAAGGCACGAUACCAUGACUGGAACAAUACACAAAUAACCCAUACAUGGAAGAGGAGGUUAAGAUGACUGAUGUGUGAAUUGUAAAUGGUCCAAGACGGACUGAAACGUCAUCAUAAGCUUCCCUCUCCUAUGUCUGGGUUAUUUGUUUACCAAGGACAUCACUUGCUCCCAGAUUUUAAAUGAUAGCUUAUUUAAGCUACCCAAGGUGCUAGUUUUGAUAGUUCUGCCUGCAGAUUGUUCCACUCUCCUAAACUACAUACAGCCUCUCUGCUUAAUGACCGAGUUCCAUUCCUAAGACCACGCCGGUACGAAUUCCUCGUUAAGUGAGGAGCAUACUAUAAUGAUAGUGAGUUUUUGUCGACUAUCUUUGAUAUUGUUGUAAUGUCACCUUUGCACCAUUUAUAAAAUUUUUAAAUGUUUAUAUAGUAGUGUACUGUAUAUUGUAAUACAGAAUAUAGGAAAUCAGAUCUAAUAUGUGUAUUUACUCAUUUUAGUGCUUGCAAGUGCUAAAUAAGCUACCAUGGCUCCAAAGAAAGUGGCGUAUGUGUGGGCAAACUGACCAGGAUGUAUAACAAAUCCCGUACAACCAUAUCUUCCAUCACAGGCAAGAAAAAGGAAAUCAAGGAAGCUUUUGUUGCAAAGGGGGUAAAUAUGCUGACAAAAAUGAGAUCACCAGUACUCGAAGAUGUUGAGAAGUUAUUAUUGGUGUGGAUAAACGAGAAACAAUUAGCAGGAGAUAGUCUUAUGACUUCACUUGUUUGUGAAAAGGCUAGGCAGUUGCAUGACGAAUUGGUAAAGAAAUUGCCUGCAACUAGUGAUGUGAGUGAAUUUAAGGCCAGCAAAGUCUGGUUUGAGAGAUUUAAGAAGCGUACUGACAUACACGGUGUGAUAAGGCAUGGUGAGGCUGCUAGUUCGGACCAAAAAGUGGCUGAAAAAUGUGUGCAGGAAUUCAAGGAGUACAUAGAGGCUGAAGGACUGAAACCUGAACAAGUGUUCAGUUGUGACGAAACAGGCCUCUUUUGGAAGAAAAUGCCAAAGAGGACCUACAUUACUCAGGAAGAAAAGGCACUGCCAGGACACAAGCCAAUGAAAGACAGGCUGACACUCAUGUUCUGUGCUAAUGCUAGUGGGGAUUUCAAAGUGAAGCCGUUACUAGUGUACCAUUCUGAAAAUCCCAAAGUGUUCAAGAAAAACAAUGUUAUGAAGAGUAAAUUGUGUGUGUUUUGGAGAUCUAAUAAUAAGGCAUGGGUCACGAGGGACAUUUUCGUCGAAUGGUUCAUUGAAGUGUUUGGCCCUAGUGUGAAGAAUUACCUCCUGGAAAAGAAAUUGGAUCUCAAGUGCCUGCUAGUAAUGGACAAUGCACCUUCUCAUCCUCCAAACUUGGAUGACCUAAUUUUGGAGGAGUUUGGGUUCAUCACAGUAAAGUUCUUGCCCCCAAAUACCACUCCUUUCCUCCAGCCCAUGGAUCAGCAGGUUAUUUCAAACUUUAAAAAACUCUACACCAAAGCAAUGUUUGAAAGGUGCUUUAAUGUGACCUCAGACACUCGCUUGACCCUAAGAGAUUUUUGGAAAGAACACUUCAGUAUUCUCCAUUGAAUAAGCCUUAUAGGUAAGGCUUGGAUGGAGUGACUACCAGGACUUUGAACUCUGCUUGGAGAAAAUUGUGGCCAGAUUGUAUCCACAAGAGGAAUUUUGAAGGGUUUGAAGCAGCCCCUGAUGAGCCUAUGUCAGUUGUGAACUCCAUUGUGGCACUGGGGAGUUCCAUGGGGUUGGAAGUGAGUUUGGAGGAUGUGGAAGAGUUGGUGGAGGACCACAACGAAGAGCUAACCACUGAGGAGCUGCAAGAGCUUCAGCAGGAACAGCAACAGAUCACAGCUCAGAAUCUUACUGCAGAGGAGGAGGAAGAGAGAUGGAACAAGGUGCCUUCUUCAGAAAUUAAGGAGGUUUUUGGAAUGUGGGGUAGGAUGGAAAGAUUUAUAGAGAAAAAUCACCCUGACAAGGCUGUUGCAAGCCAUGUUGGCAACAUGUACAGUGACAGUCUUGGCCCAUUUUAGGGAAGGUUUAAAGACACCAGGAACAGACCUCUCUGGACAGUUUUUUUGUGAGACAGGACUCCAGUGACUCUCGAGCUGGUCCUAGUGGCAUUAAGAAACAGAGAAGAGAAGUAACCCCAGAAAAGCACUUGGUACCUGAGGUGUUGAUGGAAGGGAAUUCCCCUUCCAAACAGUAGUUCAAUCUCUCCUCCUCCUCCAUUCAUCAUGUGCCACUGUAUUUAUGUACUACAUCUAUAUUUCAUGUAAAAAAUUUUUUUUUUUUGUUACAAUACUUCUGGGUGUCAGGAAUGGAUUAAUUGUAUUUACCUUAUUUCUUAUGGGGAAAAUUGAUUCGAAAAUAGUCUUUAGAUAAUAGUCCCACUUCUAGGAACCGAUUAUGGACGAUAAUUGAGGGACCACUGUACGUACAUUAUUUAGGUAUGCAUACUGCACCUGGAAAAUCCUAGAGGGACUAGUACCGAACUUGCACACGAAAAUCACUCGCUACGAAAGCAAAAGAUUUGGCAGACGAUGCACCAUCUCGCCAAUGAAAAGCAGGGGUGUCACUAGCACGUUAAGAGACCAUACAAUAAGUGUCAGAGGCCCGAGACUGUUCAACUGCCUCCCAGCACACAUAAGGGGGAUUACCAACAGACCCCUGGCAGUCUUCAAGCUGGCACUGGACAAGCACCUAAAGACAGUUCCUGAUCAGCCGGGCUGUGGCUCGUACGUUGGUUUGCGUGCAGCCAGCAGCAACAGCCUGGUUGAUCAGGCUCUGAUCCACCAGGAGGCCUGGUCACAGACCGGGCCGCGGGGGCGUUGACCCCCGGAACUCUCUCCGGGUAAACUGGUCAGAGCCCGUCAUAAGUGCGAGUCAUCAGUAAAUGAGUGCAUCUUUAAGCAUACUUUUGAGGCUGAAGUGCCAAACCAGUGCUUUCAUGUUUUCUAAAGCAUUUGUUCCACAUGUAAUGUGGAAACUAUACCAAACUGCAAGAGGCCAAAUAGACUUCUGGAUGAUUGGCGACUUUUGUAUUGUCCCAGAGGUCACUGGAUUCAUACUUUCAUCAAGUUCAGCACAGUAGUACUGUCGUACUCAAACUUAAUUCAUUCCAGAAGGCUGUUAGAAUACCAAAAA